AUGUGGAGAGGCGAUGAUUCCCUUUACAGUUCCGAAUGGUCAUCCAAACCGUCUAAUUUUCCACCUCCACCUGCAUCGAGUAAGGAGACCGGAUCAUCGUCCCCAAAGGGACAACUUUGCCGUCAAUUUACAAUUGAUGAGAUUCGAUCCGCCACCCAAAAUUUCAACGAAAGCUUGCUCAUAGGGACAGGUGGAUUCGGGAACUUGUACAAAGGCACAAUCAAGAAUGGAACAACAACCGGUAUUGUGGCUAUUAAGCAGUGGAACUACGCUUUUAAUCAAGGCUCCCAAGAGUUUCAGGCUGAAGUUCAAUUAGUUUCUAUGAGGCGUGUAGUUGAUACAAGUCUUAAAAAGGAACAGCAAGGACUGGUGAGAUGGGCUCAAGACUGUGUGAGAAGAGGGAAACUAAAGCAGAUCAUUGAUCCAGAGCUGAAGGGGCAGAUUUCAAGUACAUGCUUGAAUGAUUAUGUGAAAAUAGUGGAAGAGUGUUUGCGUAAAAGUCAAGAGCAACGUGUUACAACGGAUGAGCUUGUUUCUGGUCUUGAGUCUAUAUUGGCAUUACAAGAGAGAACUGAUCAUAAUUCUAUUCCCCAAAAGGGUAUAAAUGUAUCUGGUAGGAGGUUGGAUAAGCAAUUCUUAUCCUAUGGACGGAACUCUGGGGGAAGCUACUUUAGCAAGGUCACAAGGCUUUUGUCUGCUAAAUCCCUCCUGCAUAAGGGAGAUCAUGGUCACACAUCCAAACUGUCUAAUCCGCCACCUCUAUCCGCAUCUAGUAAGGAGACUGGAUCAUUCUCCCCAAAGGGACAACUAAUUUGCCAUAAAUUUACAAUUGCUCAGAUUCUAUCCGCCACCCAAGACUUCAACAAAAGCUUGCUAAUAGGGAAAGGUGGAUUCGGCAGUGUGUACAAAGGCACAAUCAAGAAUGGAACAACAACAACAACUAUUGUGGCUGUUAAACGGCGGAAGUCCGCUUCAUCUCAAGGUGUCCAAGAGUUUGAGACUGAAGUUUAUUUACUUCCUUUGAGGCGUGCAAUUGAUUGGAAUCUUGAUGAGGAACAAGUAGGAUUGGUGAGAUGGGCUAAAGACUGUUUGAGACUAGGGAAACUAGAGCAGAUCAUUGAUCCAGAUUUGAAGGGGCAGAUUUCACUUAAAUGCUUAAAUGAUUAUGUAAGAAUAGUGGAAUGCUGUUUGCGUCAUCGUCAAGAGCCACGUAUUACAAUGGCUGAGGUUCUUUUUGGUCUUGAGUCUAUAUUGGCAUUACAUGAGAGAACUGAUAAUUCAAUUCCCCAAAUGGGUAUAACUACAUCUGACUGGAGGUUGCAGAAGUAUUUUUUUUCAUCCGGAGAGAACUCUGGGGGAAGCUACUUUAGAGAGGGCAGAGAGCCGGAAAAGGAUUUUAAUGUUAUAUGGAAACCAUAUGAAAUGACUCCAGUGAGAAGUAUCCGAUUCUCUGGUGAGGAUUCUGAUCAAGCUAGUGAGCCAGACGAUGAAGUCAUUGUUCAAGAGUUGUCAUCUGGAGAAGAAACCAUGAAGUCCUUGUAUGAAUUGAUGCAGUUGGAGUAUAUACAACGAGCUGGUGGAUUGAUGAGGAUGGUUGACUUUUUACACCUCAUCUGGUUUUACCCUAUGAAAAAAGAAGCGGAGGUCAACUUUGGGUCUCUUUUAGACAAAUUUUCCUCAUUUAAUGAGUACAUUAGAAAGUUACAAGACUCUUCAAGGGAUGAAGGCUACCUGAUGGAGAUUCAAAAACUUCUUCAAGACAUCGAAGAAGAUUUAGAUGAUGCUGCUUUUGAUAUGGUGGCCUAUUUACCAGAAGGCUUGCAAGUUCCUUUAGCAAGUUUUUGGUCAGGUAUACCAGAAGUCCAUGCAAGUGCAAUUGCUUCAGCCACUCAACGAGCUAUAAGUUGUAUAAAAGAUUUGAAAGUCAAGAAGCUUGGAACUGCAGGAAGUGGUGCUCUUGAAAUAGCUGAAAUAUUAAAGGAUUUGCCAGAGUUAAGAAGAGCCUUUGAUAUGGUGUUGUAUGUACAUGUAAAACAUGAUAGCAUCGAAGAGCUUAUGAAUGACAUAGAAGAAGAGAUACAUCUGUGGAGGAAAAGAAGUUUGGAAACUGGUAGUAAAAUAAACGUUCUCAAUAAGUUCCCAAACUGCUUGUUAUUCGUAGAUUGCAGUGACACUUAUAUCGAUUUGCAUGACCCUGAGUUCAAUCUGUCCAAAUGGUUUGGAACAGUGCAGAUAGUGAUUACAAGUGGAUCAGAAAAUGCUUAUUGCCCGGUGGAUAUAGAGAUCAGAGUUGAGGAUCAUCUUCUACCCUGGAUAUUAUUCUCUACAAAUGUUGACCUAGAAACAGUGGGCAAGUACUCUGAAAUUCAACAAAUGGCAGCACAAUUAAUCGAAAAGUGCAAUGGCCAUUUACUUGCCAUCAUUUUACUUGCAAGGGCUUUGAGAGGCGUGGUUGAUGUUGGUGUAUGGGUACUUGCAUUACACGAAUUAUCCUCACUAGAGAACCCUUCUUCAUCAUCAUCCUCACUAGAGAAGCCUUCUUCAUAUUCAUCAUCACAGAUGGGUGUCACAAAUGAUGUCAUGGUGAGGGUAUUGAGAUUCAUUUGGUCUCGCAUGGAAUCCUUGUCUCAGAGGUGCAUCGUACAAUUCGCAUCACACUACAUAGGAUCCAAAAUAAAAAAGUUUUCUUUGAUAAACAGUUGGACUAAAGAUGGCCUGGUGAAAGGUGAACAAGAAGCAGAAUCUGUCUUUGAAGAUAUUAUACGGUCUUUCCUUAUAGAGCAAGUCGGGGGAAAUUGUGUUAGAAUGAGAAAUGAGAUUCGAGUUAUUUUAGUUACUUACUUUGUAGAGUCUCUACCUCGUGGAUAUGGACAUUAUCCUAAACAAGAUGGUUCAGAACCAAACAAAAUGCCAAACAUUGAAGAGUCGGAUGCCUGGGAAAUCCAUUUAAGUAAUAACAUAAUAUCCGAGCUUCCAAAUAACCCCAACUGCCCCCUUCUUGUGAAUUUGUUCUUGCACUUCAAUCAAGAUCUGACUGAUAUUCCUGUCACAUUCUUCGAUAACAUGCCGAGCCUCCAAGUUCUAGAUUUGUCCAGCACGAGCAUAAACUGUUUGCCAUCUUCCAUUUCUAAGUUGACAGCUCUUGGAAAAUUAUUCAUAAGAGACUGUGACCUUUUGAUGGAACUACCACCUGAAAUUGGAGCCCUUAAGAAUCUCAAGGUCUUUGACUCAGAAGGAACACAACUUGUAUGCUUACCAGAGCAAUUUGGGUCGCUAACCAAGUUGGAAUGCUUGAAGUUUUCUUUGUACAAACAAAGCAACCAAAGUAUGCAAAUAAUUCUUGCAGCAGUUUUAUCAAAGCUCCUACGGCUAAAGGAACUAAGCAUUUGUGUGGAUUUGUAUGGUGAAUGGUGGGAAGAUGAGGUCAAACUUAUCAUCAACAUUUUGCCUAAAUUUCGGAAAUUGAAAUCUCUGACAUUGUAUUUCCCAACCACAGAACUUCUGGGCAUAUUUAUGGAGACAAAGAGCUGGCGAAAGGUCCCAAUUUACCAACAUUUGUCGAAUUUUGGUUUCAUUGUUGGUCACAUUCAACAACGUAUGAUAUCCCGUGUCCCACUUGACCUUCAUAGGACCUUUGUAAAACGGCCCAAGUGCUUCACAUAUACAAAUGGCGAGGAGGACCUAGAAGCUAUUUCCAUGGCGCUUACAGAUGUUGCUGCUCUUUUCUUGGACCGCCACUGGACUCUCCAGUCCUUGUCUGCCUUAGGACUGGUGGAGAUGGAGAAGCUGAAAUUCUGCCUGUUGUCGGAAUGCAAUGAGAUGCUGCAGAUUGUCAAUGGACGCCAUUUAGAAGAUUUUUUUGUAAGAUCAGUUCUUGGAUCAUUACAACAUCUCUCAAUUCAUUACAUGAAGAGUCUCAUUUGCAUCUGGAAUGGUCCAAUUCAUAGUCGGUGUCUGUCCAAUCUAAAAACCUUGGCGAUGCAUUCAUGCCCUGAGCUUAGGACCAUUUUUACACAGGGGUUGCUUGAAAGUCUCACUUGCUUAGAGUGUCUUAUCGUUGAAGACUGUAGUAUGAUCAAUAGCCUUGUUAGUUUGGGGUCCUACAACUCCACAUCAACUCGUUAUCUUCCAAGCUUGAAAAAGAUAUCACUUCUACACCUCCCUGAAUUGGUUAGCAUCUCUCGUGGUAUAAGUAUUGCCCCACGAUUGGUAAGUCUUGUCGUUUAUGAUUGCCCAAAACUUGAGAAACUAUCCUACAUGAAAGCAUUUGAUAAUGAUAUCAAGGAAAUUAAAGGAGAGAAUGAAUGGUGGGAUGCAUUGAAAUGGUGUGAACCGGAGUGGACCCGUGGUCGACCUAACUAUCUGGCUAAUGUUUUCAUCCCACUUGGAACAAAUGCCUUUUUUUUUAACACAGGUAUUAAGGAAGCGGGAACAGUGCAAAUGGACUCACGCCCGUGUGAAUUUUAAAAACGAAGUGUAUAUUAAAAGGUGUAAGUUUUGGUGUGAGUUGCAUAUGCCUAUACUUGCUAGAAUGAAAGCAUUUUCUUCCUACUGGCCUAGUCACAAGGGAAAGGGAAAGGGAAAAGUUCAAAUUUGUAGUACACUUGGAAAAUAUUUUUGUAUAUCUUUUUGUAGUAAUGAAACUAUUGUUAUAUCUUAUAUGUUUACCCAAUUGUUAGAAAAUGU